AUGGAUGAAUCUGUUUUAUAUCGUUUAAAAAAUUUAAAUGAUCACAAUAUAAUAUUAGUAUACAAAAAUCAAUUCAAGAUUGGUCGUGCUACAACAAAUGAUUUAGCUAUUGCAAAUAAUCAAUUCAUAUCAUCAUCUCAUUGUAUAAUUGAAUUUGAUAAUGGACAUGUUUAUAUACGUGAUACAAGUUCAAAUGGAACAUUAAUUAAUCGAUCAAAAAAAAUUAAUAAAAAUCAUUCUCCUAUUGAACUUCAUUCAGGUGAUAUUGUUCAUCUUGUAUUUCGUAAAGAUGAACCUCAAUCAAAUGUUAUUUUUCAAUUGGAUUUACCACUUGUAACCAAAUCAACGAAUCAAACUGAACAAAAUUUGAAAAGAAAACGUUCUGAUACUACAUCAAUUACAUCUACAUCACGAAAUGAAACGAAAGAAAAUGUUGAUUCAUCGAAUUUAAUCAAUAUAAGUACAGAUAUUGAAAUGAAACGAAUUAAAACAAAUGAUGAAUUAAUUAUAAAAGCUGGUAAUGAUAUGGAAGAUAUACUUACAUGUGUCUGUUGUCAAGAUAUUAUGUCAAAUCCAAUUUGUCUUGAACCUUGUUUACAUGCUUUUUGUUAUGAUUGUUAUACUUCAUGGGAAGCUAUCCAACGUACUUGUCCAAAAUGUCGUGUAAAAGUCAUUGAUAAAAAAAAGAAUGUGGUUAUUAAUGGUAUAUUGGAAGCUUUUCUCAAAGCAUAUCCACAUAAACGACCGGUAUUAAAAGCUAUUGAUAAUACAAAAUGUAAAAUGAACACGGCAACUAAUGCAAAAAUUGAAGGCGAUCGCAAUGCAAUCUAUUUUAAUAAUAAUCAAUAUAAUGAUGAAAUGGAUAAUGAUCCUAUUGAUAAUGAUGAUGAUGAAGAUGAUGAUGAUGAUAAUACUGUCCUUGUAAUGGCAGCUCCUGUUUCUAAUGUUCGAUUUAUAUGUCGUCAAUGUCCAACACGUGGCUUCAAUCGUACUAAGAAUAUAAAUCUUGUUUCGACUGAAUUUCAAUGUCGUCCUAAUCAAAAUCAUAUUCUUUGUCAAUGUUGUGUACAACCAAUGCCUGAUAGACAAGAUGAACCAAAUAUUCAUCAAAGUUGUGAAAUAUGUCAUCAAUACUUUUGCAAUAUGUAUUCUCAACAAUGUCAACGACAAGAUUGUCUUGGUUGUUUAAAUCAGUUGCAAAAUUUUAAUUUUGCUCCUCGUCAUCUUACUAAUCUUGUUAAUGAUAAUCCUAUUGAAUCACAAAUUGUUCAAAGUUAUCUUAUAAAUCAUCAUGCAACAAUGCGUGAAUUACUUGUCGAAUGUUGUCGACGUCUUGAUCGAAGAGAAUUUACUUAUAUUGGCAUUGAUCGAAAUCUUGCUGUUUCAUCAACCAAAAUUGUUUGUUAUAAAUGUGGUUUAAAGAUAUUUAAAGAACUAGUUUAUCAAUUUCGUGUAUCUAUGAAACAAAAUGAUAUAUUACCAAUAGCAUUGCGUAAUCGUGAAAAUUGUUAUUAUGGUAAACAAUGUCGUACACAAUAUACGAAACCAGCUCAUGCACAAAAAUAUAAUCAUGCUUGUGAACAAAUUAAAUUUUAA